UGCUUGGGACAUCAUGAUAAAAGGCUUUACAGAUGGAAGAAAAGUUCUUUUUUACUAGUGGCAGGAAUUGUUGUCAACUAGCGCUGUAUCUUCCUUGCUUCAGAGGAAAAAGGAAAAAUAAAGGAGGAAUUGAAAACUACAGUAGGGGAAAAAGGACAAAGGCACUGACGUCUGGGAUUUUGAGCCUGAAGCUUUAAGUCGCCACCCCGGUUUCAGGACUGAACUCAGCACAGCUUGCUUCGGGGACAUUUGUAUUUCAGUGCCUAACCUGGGAUGGAGAAUUCAAACAACGACGUGGUGCUGCUGCAUUGUUCCAAGUUGGUGACAAGUGAAGGGAUGGAUGUAGGUGCACGUUUAGAGCCAGAACAGGAGCUGUCAGGGCCACCCGAAGCCAGCCAGGAGACAGCAGAGGCGAAGGAAGGCUCCCCAACACUUGCGGACAUAGAGUUACGGAUACAACAUCUUCAAACCAGGCGCAUCCUCCUACAGACGAUACAAAACUGCACGAAGAAACAAGCACAGAGCUUUGAUGAGAAUAGAAGAGAAACCUCAAGUGAGGACGGGGAGGAGGAGUGUGAGCUGGAGACCAUUGAGAAAGAGCUUGAGGAAUUGCGAGUGAAAAAAAAGGAGAUGGAGAAAAACAGAAUUCCCCGCGGAGGAAUCUACAUUCUCCCUCCUCUCCUGCCGGAUCUGAAUGAUAAUACGGCGGCAACAACAGACCCCGUCGUUGCUGUAGAGAACCUGGGUCCAACAGCCCAGGUCACAAAGUGUCCGACAUGUAAAGAGGUCAUUGUCACGGAAACCGGGAGCAAAAUAAGUGAAGCAGCGUGGAUGGUGUGCGUUCUGAGCUUCAUGAUGGGCUGUGUCGCAGGGUGCUGUUUGAUCCCCUUCUAUUUGAAGCGCUUCAGGAGUACCUGCCACAAGUGUCCUCUCUGCCAGGCCCACAUUCACACACACCAGCCAUUGUGAUACAACCUUCGUUCGGAGGGGGCUGUGCCCAUGUUUGCUGCUUAGACUCAUAUCCAUGAGUUUGGACUAUGGUGGACUGCGCACAGUGCCUGAUCGCUGCAAUUAGUUUGACAUGCGGGCCUUUUAUCAGGAUCGCAUUUUGCAAAUGAUGCUCCAACUCCAAAAACUUUCAUGAUGUUACCUGUCUGUGAGGAGAAGCAGGCCGGUCAGGUUUUACUCGGUGCACUUUAUGGAAUUUGUGUUCCACAACCCCGAAAUUUGCCUGUCACAAAUGCUGUGCCAUCACAACAUGAUGCAAAGGGAAAGUUUCCGGUCCCUGUUAACUUUCCACAACUGUAUAUAGUUUCAGACACUUUUUGACCUCCAUUCCUUCCUCAUAUGUUUGCGCAAAAAAAUUCAACCAUAUUAUUUGCAUGUUUCAAACACUUACGUCAUACAUAAUACUGCUGGAGGUUACAGUUUGGGGUGCAGAGUAAGAGAAAGAGAUACAGGACAGAAAUACAACGAAAUAAUAUGAGAAAACCUGCUGCUGCAUCUUGCAGAGACAAGGUGUGGGGAAACCGGGACCACCUACAGGAAGAAAAAUUGAGAAAUUUGCAUAAACUUUGACAAACUCAUCCUGAUUCUAAUUCUCAGCGGCAUGAUGACUUCCAAGAAAAAACAUUUGGAGGCUCGUCAGAACAACUCUACCACUCAUUCAGGACUUGUCAUUCGUGCAGAACUGUGCUAAAGUCUUUAGCACACAAACUGGGAUGAAAACUGGGAAUCAUUUGCAGAUGUGAAACAUAUAUAGAAAAACAGUAUAUAAGGCAAAGAGUUGGUACAAUUACUGCUAAGCUUGAACACUAAUGUCAUUCAUCUGUCCUUCUGUCCACCUGAAUUUCUGGAAUAGUUAAACAUUUGGUUUAUUUCUUUAUAUAAUUCAUUACUUCCAGCUGCGUUAUAUUUGGAAUUGUACUUUUUCUUUUGUAGAAGCAUCCCAGGAAAUGAGAACUACUUCUGUGUCCUUGCAAUCAUUGCAGACACAUCAGUGGUCCAUCAACAGUUAGGAUGUCAGGGGAAAAAAAAAACAAAAAAAAACACUUUUGAGUAGUAGAAAAUGUAAAAAAUGCACAGUUCUGUAACUUGAUUUGUUGAUGUGUCAAACAAAGGAUCAAGU